AGAAAACUAGGCCGAACGUCAGUUGGUCGAAUAAGCACGCAUUUUGGCCAAAAUUUGCCGUGGUUCCGUCUGCUGAUAAAACCGAGUGGCAACUCCGAGUGGUCACCAUGUAUACAAAAACAAGAAACGACGAUGAAAGCGAGUCGCGCGAUAAAUAAAUGAAAAGCGAAGGCGCAGCAGAAGAAAGAGCGACCCAAAACGUUUAGGGCGAAUAGCAGAAUCGUCGCUUCUGUCCCGACAAACACGCACAGAAAUCAGCAAAAAAAAAAAUAAAAUAAAAUAAGAAAAAUAAAGGACCCAAAAAAAGGCACCAAAAACAUUAGAACUCGGUAAAAUUUCACAGUGUAUCGUACGAAUAUCAAAUAUUGCAGAAUUCCAAGCUGCGGCCUCCCUUUUCUUUCAAAAUCCUCGAGUAAGUGCGGGCAAAGAGCGGAAGGAGCGCGUGAAGCGAGCAGAGGCGGCAAGUAAAUUUGAGCCCGAAUUUCCGAUUGAGGUGACUUCCUGGGAAAAGUGAACUGAUCCAGAGACGCUUAUCAUCAGGCGGUUAUUAUGAAAGGCAAUCACUAUAAGAUGUCUCGUAACAAAGACAAAUACGACAGCGCCAAUCGGAGGCAGCAGAUCUUUCUGUCGCAGGAGGAUAUUGCUGCUGGCAAGAAGACGAACUGGAGUGGCCUCGAGAUUACUGGCUGCGUCCGCAAUAUCAGCCCGUCGCUCUGGGAGUUUGAGCAUUUAACCUCCCUCUACCUGAACGACAACCAGCUGCUGCGAUUGCCCGCAGACGUUGGCAUGCUGACCAGCCUCCGAACCUUGGACCUGUCCAGCAAUAAGCUUAGAAGUCUGCCCGCAGAGCUCGGCGAGCUCAUCCAGUUGCGGGAACUGCUGCUGAACAACAACUUUCUGCGCGUACUGCCUUACGAGAUCGGCAAGCUGUUCCACCUCCUCAUACUCGGCCUCAUGGGCAAUCCGCUGCAAAAGGAGUUCAUGAACAUCUACAACGAGCCGAACGGCACGCAGAAACUGCUCACCUACAUGCUGGAUAACUUGUCAUUUACCGUCAAUCCACCGCCGCAGAGGCCCUGGCUGCCACUGGCCAAGCCCAACAAAACGCGACCAGCCUGCAUUUUUACGGUCAUGUGCUAUAAUGUGCUCUGCGACAAGUACGCGACGCGGCAAAUGUACGGAUACUGUCCGACGUGGGCGCUGUGCUGGGAGUACCGGAAAAAGUCGAUAAUCGACGAGAUACGGCACUAUGCAGCUGACAUUAUCAGUCUGCAGGAGAUCGAAACUGAGCAGUUCUAUCACUUUUUCCUGCCGGAGCUCAAGAACGAUGGCUACGAAGGCAUCUUCUCUCCCAAGUCGCGAGCAAAGACAAUGUCCGAGCUGGAGAGGAAGUACGUGGAUGGCUGUGCGAUAUUCUUCAGGGCGUCCAAAUUUACGCUGAUCAAGGAGUCACUGAUCGAGUUCAAUCAGCUGGCAAUGGCCAAUGCCGAGGGCUCCGACAACAUGCUGAACCGCGUGAUGCCUAAGGAUAACAUCGGUCUGGCCGCUCUGCUCAAGGUGAAGGAGAAUGCAUGGGAGCCGAUGUCUGAGGUGACGCAGAUCUCGCAGCCGCUGCUCGUCUGCACGGCGCACAUACACUGGGACCCGGAGUUCUGCGACGUCAAGCUCAUCCAGACGAUGAUGCUCAGCAAUGAGCUGAAGACGAUCAUCGACGAGGCGAGCCACAGUUUCCGGCCGGGUCACAAGAACGACUCCAAUGCUGUCCAGCUGCUGCUGUGCGGUGACUUCAACUCGCUGCCCGAUUCAGGCGUGGUUGAGUUCCUGGGCAAGGGCCGGGUCUCCAUGGAUCAUUUGGACUUCAAGGACAUGGGCUACAAGUCCUGCCUGCAGCGGCUGCUCUCGAACGACACCAACGAGUUUACGCACUCGUUCAAGCUAGCCUCCGCCUACAACGAGGACAUCAUGCCGCACACCAACUAUACGUUCGACUUUAAGGGCAUCAUCGACUACAUCUUCUACACAAAGACGGGCAUGGUGCCGCUGGGCCUGCUGGGUCCCGUCUCCAAUGACUGGCUGCGCGAGAAUAAGGUUGUUGGAUGCCCACAUCCGCACAUACCCUCCGAUCACUUCCCACUGCUGGUCGAGCUUGAGCUGAUGCAUACGGCUAGCCAACAGGCGCCUCCUAACGGGCUGAUCAAUCGCCGGUAGCAAUAGAAUAGACGCGGCAGACCCACCACCAGCAACAGCACCACAACCAGUACCACCCUGAUGACGACGACGACGGCGUCGGCGGCCCCGCGCACGUCGGCUGCCAGCGGGGGAGGAAGCGGUAGUGGGAGUGGGAGCGGGAGUGGCGGUGUAGCUGCAAGUGGAAGUGGAGGCGGUGCACUCAUGAUCCCGGGCGGAUAUAGGGGUCGGAGCUGCAGCAAUAGCGGAUGCCAUCGUCUGACGGCUGCUCUUGGAGCGGCGAGAAAAGCGGCCAAUCCCCCGCCGCCGGCGGAUAAGCAGCUUACCGCUCCACAUCCCGCUCCCAACUGACGUGGCGAUCUGCUCGCAUCAAAAUUCAGUUUAAGUUAGAUACGACAAACUUUGAUUUCUAAUCCGGUCCCUCAGCUCUUGUACCCACCACCACCACCACCACCACCAACCCCUCAAGAACCCUAAGUUAUAAGCUGACGACGUUGUGGAGGUCCGCCGCUUUGUGCGCUGGAUCGCAAAGUGUGCUCACCGAUGCAACCCAUUAACUAAGAUCGUAAUCGUAAUAGGAAGGAAUAUAAUUUACUUGCUGCACUCCUCUUGCGCGCUUCUCGUUUUGAUUUUAUCAACUGCACGUUUUCACUAUCGAAUAAAUCCAUUAUAUACAAUA